AUGAGUGGAAAUGAACUCUGUCGUCUUUGCUUAAAAGAUCUAAAUCAAAAUGAAAAAUUCCAUGAAAUAACUGAAGAAAUAAGAGAAGAAUUCACAAAUGUGACUCAAAUGGAACUAAUACUGACAGAAUCUCAUUCAAAUACUAUCUGUGAAUUAUGCCUGCGAUCAUUACUUUUAGCUAGUGCUGUGAAAUUACAGUUCAUUGAGAAUCAACAGAAGUUUUACAGAGAAAAUGAUUUUGAAGAAAUGAUUCAUUUGGAACCCGACAUAAACGUUUCAACUGGAUUUGAUUCAUCAAUAAAUUUUGUAAAUGUAAUGACAAUAAAACAGGAACCAGAAGAUCCAGUAAAUGAAAAGAAGACCAAGAAUUCGCAAAAAAAGAAUGAGAAAUCAAUGUUAAAGAUCCAAAAUGUCAAGUCAAUGCAAAAGCUAGAAUGUGAUAUAUGCAAUAAAUUUUAUAGCAGUCAAAAGACUUUAAAGGAACAUCAGAUGUUACAUUUUAGAAAAUUAUCACCAGAAUUCAAAUGUGAGGUCUGCGGCAAGACUUUCAUGAGAAUGAAGACAUUAAGACGACACAAACUUUUACAUGAUCCAUCAUUUGCAAAAGUAGCUGUUUCAUGUCCAAUAUGCGACAGAAGAUUCCAAAGUAAGCCAGGACUGCAUGCACACAUGAUGCAGCAUAAAGAACCGAGAUUUAGCUGUGAUUUAUGUGAUAAACCUUUCUUUAAGAAAUUUGGUUUACAAUAUCAUAUGGAAACAUUUCAUCUUAAAGAGCGGAACUUUGAAUGUCCACAUUGCAAUAAAACCUACAUCAAGGACUCACAUCUUACUUUACAUAUUCAGGUUGAACAUGAAAAUAAGAAAUUUUAUUGUGGACUGUGUAGGCAAGAUUUUAGAAGAAAAGGAAACUGUCGAGAACAUAUUUUAAUGUUACAUCCUGAAACAAACCCUAAACUUGUCGAGAGCAUAAUAAAAGAUGAACUUAAGGUGAUCAGAAACAGACUAAAUAUUUGUAUGAAGGGGACUAGCAAGUUUACACAUUCUCAACAAUUUCCAAGAAAGUCAUCAUAUCUGUUCCUUUAUACGAGCAAUUAAUGAUCAUAUUAGUGAUCAAAUAAAAAAAUUUGUACUUUACCUUACUUUUAACGACCUGAUUUAUGCCUUUUAA